AUGUCGAACAAUGUGUUAGAUCAAGAUUUCGGCUCUGACGAGGAAGACGAUGACUUCAACCCAGCUCCAGCUGUCGACUCCGACGAUGAAACUGCCAGACCCGACCGCGGACGAGGACGUGAUGUUGAGGUAGAUGAAGAAGCCGAGAAUGAUAACGAAGUGGCUGAGGACGAAGAAAAAGGUGCUGGUGAUGAAGAGGAAGAACUGGAUGAGGAGGAGGCCGAGGAGGAAGAUGAUGAUGAAGAGGAUGAAGAGGAAGAUGAAGAAGAUGAAUAUGCUGUCUCGGGUCGACCUAAAAAACGCAGAAGACGAGGGGGUGUUAAUGCCUUCAUUGAAGAAGAAGCCGGUGUCGACGACGAUGACGAAGAAGCAGAAGAAGAAGAAGAUGAUAUGGGUGAUGGAUUUGGCGCCGAAGCUCAUCCCGACGAUCUGGAUGCGCUCCCCGUCGGUGCUGAGCUAGACGACCGCAGACACAGACAACUCGAUCGCCAACGAGAGCUCGAGGCGCACAUGGAUGCUGAGAAGCAGGCUGCCGCACUCAAGGAGCGAUAUGGACGCAAUCGCAUGGCUGCUACAGACUCAGUCGUUGUACCCAAAAGACUUCUUCUUCCUAGUGUUGACGAUCCCAGUAUUUGGGGCGUUCGCUGUAAACCUGGAAAGGAAAGAGAUGUGGUGCUCAAUAUUCAGAAGCGUAUCGAGCAGCGUCCUCCCGGCACACGUCACGGACUGAAGAUUAUAUCUGCUUUUGAACGUGGAAAGACCAUGACUGGUUACGUCUACAUCGAAUCGAGAAGACAAGCAGAAGUCAUGGAAGCCCUUGACGGUCUUCUCGAUGUUUAUCCCAAGACUAAAAUGGUCUUGGUACCUGUCAAGGAAAUGCCCGAUCUUCUACGAGUAAAGAAGUCAGCAGAACUCAAUCCUGGUGACUGGGUGCGAAUCAAGCGCGGCAAGUACCAGGGUGAUCUGGCUCAGAUUGAAGAAGUUGAAACGAAUGGUCUGGAAGUUACUGUUCGUCUGGUUCCUCGUCUGGACUACGGAUUGAAUGAAGACCUCUCUGCUCCUGCUGAUGCCAAGAGGAAAAGAUUUGGUGCUGCAAACAACACGGCAGCUCGGCCACCUCAACGUCUCUUUAGUGAAGCAGAGGCUAGUAAGAAACACGGCAGACAUCUAGUGGGAACAUCCAAUUUGAGCGGAAAGUCAUGGAACUAUAUGGGCGACACGUAUGUCGAUGGUUUCCUGAUCAAGGAAAUGAAGAUCCAGCAUUUGAUCACGACCAAUGUCAACCCUCGUCUAGAGGAAGUUACCAUGUUUGCUCGCGGCUCUGAGGAUGGCGCUGCAAAUCUCGACCUAGCAUCCUUGGCCAAUACGUUAAAGAACACCGUUGCAGAAGAUGCUUAUCGACCGGGAGACCAAGUUGAAGUGUACAAAGGUGAACAGCAAGGCAUUAUCGGUCGAACGGUCGCAACUAGAGGCGAUAUCAUCACACUGGAGGUCACAGAGGGUGAUAUGAAGGGACAAACAAUAGAUGCGCCAAUCAAGACCUUGCGAAAGCGGUUCCGUGAAGGUGACCAUGUCAAAGUCAUUGGCGGUAGUCGCUACCAAGAUGAACUGGGUAUGGUGGUUCAGGUCAAGGGUGACAGUGUUACUAUACUCAGUGAUAUGAGUAUGGAAGAGAUCACUGUCUUUAGCAAGGACUUGCGACUUUCUACGGAAUCUGGUGUUGAUGGCAAGCUUGGAACGUUUGACGUUCAUGAUCUGGUCCAGCUUGAUGCUACUACCGUUGCCUGUAUCAUUCAAGUCGAUCGCGAGUCAUUACGAGUUAUUGAUCAGAAUGGCUCAGUGCGGAACGUCCUCCCAUCACGAAUAGCAGCAAAAAUCGCCAAGCGCAAGGACGCUGUGGCCACAGAUCGCAACGGUGCAGAAAUUCGCCACGGCGACACAGUUCGUGAGAUGUAUGGAGAACAGCGCAGUGGAGUAAUCAUGCACAUCCACAGAUCUUUCCUGUUCUUGCAUAACAAGGCACAGGCCGAGAAUACUGGUGUCAUUGUGGUUCGCACUUCAAAUGUUGUUACUGUUUCCGCAAAAGGAGGUCGUGCUACGGGUCCUGACCUAUCACGGAUGAAUCCUGCUAUAAUGCAGCGCCCGCCUCAGGGAGGUGCCAUGCCCCCUCCACGUGUAGGCCGAGACCGACUCAUUGGAAAGACGGUCGGUAUCACGAAAGGCAGUUAUAAGGGUUUGAUUGGUAUUGUUCGAGAGACCACUGAAGAUCUAGUGCGUGUUGAGUUGCACACCAAAGGAACCAAAGUCAUGGUUCCUCGAACUGGUGUUGUUGUUAAGGAUCCUGUCACCGGUCAAACUAUCGACAUGGGACGUGGUGGCAGACCUCGUGUACCUGGAGGUGCUGGAGGACCACCACAGCCCAGUUGGUCUGGUUCACGAACACCCAUUGCUGCGAUGGACUCGAGGACUCCAGCAUGGGGUGGAUCUUUAUCAUCAAGAACUCCUGCUUGGGGUGGCUCUGCAGCUAGCGGGUCACGCACACCAGCAUGGAAAGCCGACGGUUCUCGCACAGCCUAUGGCGGCGCUAUGGGUGGUGGACGCACUCCUGCCUGGAACAGUGGUGCUCGCACACCAUACAGCUCAGGAAGCGGCGAUAGUAGUGGUGGCUUCGACGCCUUUGCAGCUGGCUCUCGUACACCUGCCUGGGGAACCGCAACAGGCAGUCGCACGCCAGCCUGGAGCGCCAACCAUACCUCAUCCUCCGCCGCGACUAGCAACAACACGGGAAGAUACGACGCGCCCACCCCCGGAGGCGACUACUCAGCCCCCACACCAGGUGCAUACCCAACCGCCCCUACACCCGGCGCUUCAGGCACAGCAGCUACACCACGCUGGGCCGAAAGCGUACCAACUCCUGGAGCUCUCAAUGCACCUACACCAGGCGCCAGUGGCGGCGGUGGUGGUCUUUCUGUCGGUGGCGGACGAUUACCAUAUGAUGCUCCCACGCCAGCUAUGGCUGCUACACCCGGUGCCAUAGGAGAUGAUAAUCCGACAUAUUUGGAUGAUUCGGAGUAG